AUGAUGUCGAGUCAAGGAGAGGAGGUACUUGAUGGAUCGAUUAGUGUUGAUGGAGAAACUCAAGCGAACUCUGUGGAAACAAGAGGAGUAGCGUCGUGGCCCGAAGGAGAGGCGACCAAGGCGCAGGGCGCUGAGGUCGAGGCUACCCAAGCGUUGGGCCUCGUGUCCAAGGUGACCCAGGCGCUGGGCAUUAAGGUCGAGGCGACCCAGGCGCUGGAUGAGGAGCUGCUGGGCAAGACGCCGUUGGGCAAGGCGUCGAGUGCUAAUCGCUAUGAAGGAGUGCUAUUUGGUGAUGAACACAGGCAUGGGAGCCCUCGAAUGGCUUUGACAGGGGCUGGACGUGGCUAG